AUGGGUGGCUGGGAACUCUUAACCAAAGCGCAGUUCGAUCCUGCUCAUUAUCGAUGGGAAAUCACUGCAGGACAGUUGGCUGCAGUUGGAGCGGAAGGUCUUAUCAAAGUGUUCGUGCACAGCAGUUUCGAGGAUCGGAACACUCAAACUCUCAUGAUACGAUGGCAACUGUUCUUCAAUGAAGAACUUCGUUCAAGCUUGGGCGUGCUUGACGAUGACGUGACGGUGAAUGUAAUGGAUGUCGGCUAUUUCGACGGCCUAUCAGCGCUAGUAAAAUCAAAGCCACUCAGUUCCAUCAACAAUUACUUGAUGUGGCGAUUGGUGUCGACAUUUGAUAUGUACCUACCCAUGCAGUACCGUCGUCCAGCACAAAAGUUCUAUGCCAGCGUGUUUGGCACCACAGCCGAGGCCGAAGAAAUGAUAGCAGAUCUGAAACGAUCAAUGGAGAGAGUCCUUCUGGACGCAGAUUGGAUGGACGAUACGGUCAAGAAAGUUGCGCUUAGAAAACUGAAGAAUAUGCGCUACAAAACUGGUUUUCCAAAUAUGAUGAGAGAUGAAAUCGCUGUACUCAAGCUCUACGAAGGGGUGAAGAUGGAAGCCGACCACUACUUCGAUAACGCUCUACAAUUAAAGAAGUUGGCAAUAAGGCAUGGCUUAAAUCGCCUUCACAACCCUCCAUCUAAGGACGAGUGGGUUUCUCCUGUAAUUGCUGUCGACGCUUAUCAUUACUUCACUGGGAAUGAAAUAAUUUUUCCGGCCGCAAUUUUGCAAUUUCCGAUGUUCGUACCCGAAGCUCCGGUCUACGUCAAUUAUGCGGCCAUCGGUUUCGGCAUAGGGCACGAAAUUACUCACGGAUACGAUGACCUCGGAUCACAGUACGACGAAAUUGGCAAUUUGAGAGCUUGGUGGGAUCGGCGUACGUUGGCGAUGUUUCAGAAGAAGCGGGAGUGCUUCAUUACGCAGUAUAGCAACCAGGCGUACAAAAUGAGAUGUUUGCUUGAAGAAGACACCCUGGCGUUGCCGGGAUUGUCGUUCUACUCACCGGAACAGUUAUUCUUCAUCGCAUUUGCUAAUAUAUGGUGUGAAAAAGUGAAACCGUCAGCAUUAAACUACACCAUGGAAACUGAAGUGCAUCCGCUCGGAAUGUUUAGGGUUAAUGUACCACUCCAGAAUUUCCCUCCUUUUUCGGAAGCUUUCCAAUGUCCGGUUGGAAGCGCUAUGAAUCCGCACAAGAAGUGUAGAAUAUGGAUUGAGAAGUUUUUCACAAUCAUCAGCGAUGUCUCUCGAGAUAUUGGUUAUGCACUUGAAGAACGUGCAAUGCCCUUAGAUUUAGGAGCAGAAAUUUUUAAACUACUGGCUUUGAUCUCGUCCUUGUCUUUGAAAUUUCUUACUGAAAAUGAAGGGCUACGGAAAAUGAAAUGA